AUGAAGUUGUGGAAGAGCCUUAAGAUUUCGAUAGGCAAAAACGAUCCUAAGAACUAUCCUCAAGGUCUCCCGCAUUGGGGACAGGGAUAUGAAUUAGAUGUUUUCAAAUCGCAGACGUCGCUAUCAACAGAUUCCGGUCUCUGUACUGAGAGAGGCUUGAGGAGGACUCACAUAGAACUGAUCAAACCACCUGGAAAACGUAUCGGACUGAAACUGGCAGGUAUGCAU